CCACAGGCUCCAUGGACUCUUGUGUGAUGAUCUGGAACAUGAAGCCUCAGAUGCGAGCGUAUCGCUUUGAUGGACACAAAGAUGGUGUGACUUCUGUUCAGUUUUCUCCCUCUGGCCAGCUGGUGGCCUCCGCCUCCAGAGAUAAAACUGUACGUCUUUGGGUGCCCAGCAGGAAAGCUGAGUCAUCAGCUUACAGGGCUCACACGGCUACUGUGCGCAGCGUUAACUUCUCUGGCGAUGGACAGACUUUGGUCACAGCCUCUGACGACAAGACUAUUAAAGUGUGGACGGUCCACAGGCAAAAGUUCCUGUUUUCUCUCAACCAGCACAUCAACUGGGUCCGCUGUGCCAAGUUUUCUCCAGAUGAUCGUUUGAUUGUGUCAUCCAGCGAUGACAAGACUAUUAAGUUGUGGGACAAGAACAGCAGAGAGUGUAUUCAUUCUUUCUAUGAACAUGCCGGUUAUGCAAACCAUGUGGACUUCCAUCCCAGUGGAACCUGCAUUGCUGCUGCCAGUACUGACAACUCUGUUAAGGUUUGGGACAUCAGAUCCCAUAAGAUGCUACAACACUACCAAGUCCACAGUGGUGUGGUGAACAGCUUGUCGUUCCACUCGAGUGGUAAUUUCCUCAUCACUGCAUCCAGUGAUUCCACCAUGAAGAUACUGGACCUUGUAGAGGGCAAGCUCCUCUACACACUGCACGGACACCAGGGCCCCGUGACCAGUGUGGCCUUCUCCAGGACAGGGGAGUACUUUGCCUCUGGAGGCUCUGACGAACAGGUAAUGGUGUGGAAGAGCAAUUUCGACAGCAUCGACUGUGAUGACACCGUCAGCCUACAACAUAAAAUUACCUCCAGCAUUCAGGCACCAACAGCCAGCUCCACGGCUCAGCCCGACUUCAGCAUGCAUCAACAUGUGCUCCGCAGCCAGACCUGUGACCCGUCAGAAGAUUUUAACAGACAGGAUUUCCAAACGGCCGCCCAUCCCCAGAGCAACAGUCGCAGCAGCAUCCACAACAAAGCGGCUCAAUCCCACACCCACAGAGAUCCCACCUCGUCCUCCACCCAUCAGACACAGACCCCGGGUGUACCGCAGAAUUCGUCACAUGUUCAAGAGCAGUCCCAGGCCUCAGAUGGAGGGGUCCACCCUGGUCUAGCCAGCACUCUGGAACACAUCAUAGGUCAACUUGAUAUUCUCACUCAGACGGUUUCAAUCUUGGAGCGGCGGCUGACGCUGACUGAGGACAAGCUCAAGGAGUGUUUGGAGAAUCAGAUGGAGAUCGGUCUGCAGCUCCAGAGACGACAGGGGGAGGAGGAGGUCUAA